GGACGCCUUCAGGCGGGGUUCAAAUCAUUUGACACCUGAAGCGCUACACACCUGUGUUGCUAGUGUGCUACGCUCGUACACCUCCUACCUUAUCGGUCACCUUGGGUCCGGUCCGUGAAGGCGACGCCGAGUGCAGGGAGGCGGAACCGAGUAGCAGUAGAGCGGUAAACGCCAAACGGGCCGCCAUCUGAUACCAGCUGGUGGCUAGCUGCUAGCGGCUAGCGGCUAGCGGCUAGCGAGAGGGCAGCGGACAGCGGCUCUCAGCUGGAAAGAUGUCGGGGAAAAAGAGCGCCGAAGCCGGACACGUCAUAUGCCUCCGCCCCUCCCUCCCUGCCUGCUGUGUGGCAGCCACGCCCACCGAGGGAGAGGAAGGCGACCAGGAAACAAGGCGGAGCUUGUCAGCUGAUCCACUUCCGUAACGCCGCUGCGAUGUGAGGAACAGAGACAACAGCCCCCCCUGCCUGCUGGGAUGACAAAAACAUGACGGCGUGUCGGCGGCCAUGUUGAAGCCGGGCGAGCUGAGUGCGUCGGCCUUCCUCAAAGUGGACGCGUCGUACUUGCAUCACUGGCAGCAGCUCUUCCCUCACACGCCGCUCAAGCCUCCUCUGCCGCCGCCGUCCUCGGACACUCUGCGCUCGUCUCGCCUGCACGGACACCUCCUGGCCGCCUCGCACUGCACCUCCUCCUCCUCGUCGGGGGCCGCCGCCCUCACACCCACCUCCUCCUCCUCGGGGCUCGCCCCGCUUCCUGUGGCUCAGCAGGCGGCGCUCUACGGGGAGGCCCUGGCACCCGGGGGCGAUCUGCUGGCGGCGGGCCCACCCGCCGAGAACCCGGCAGCCGGACGCCUGCUUCAGGCCAAAGAGCAGAGCUGUGGGGGGGUGGGGGUGGUGUCGUCCAGCGUGAAGAGCGGUGGCGGCGAAGACGACGGCGGGAAAACGGCGGCGGGUAGGAUGAAGCUGAGCGCCGAGGAGCUGGACUACUUCCUGUACGGACAACAGAGGAUGGAAAUCAUCCCCAUCAGCAACCACAACGCUGACGCCAACAACCGCUGCGACAUGUGCGCAGACAACCGCAAUGGCGAGUGUCCCAUGCACGGCCCGCUGCACUCCCUGAGGAGGCUGGUCGGGACCAGCAGCACCACCGCGCCCGUCACCCUGCCCGACGUUCCCGAUUGGCUGAGAGAUCUUCCCAGGGAGGUGUGUCUGUGCACCAGCACCGUCCCCGGCCUCGGAUACGGCAUCUGCGCCGCCCAGAGAAUUCCUCAGGGAACCUGGAUCGGCCCCUUCCAGGGCGCCCCCCUCAUGCUGGACAAAGUCCGCUUUGGAGCCUCCAGGAACACACGACACCUGUGGGAGAUUUACGACUCGGAGGGAACCUUGUUGCACUUUCUGGACGGCAACGACCCGUCCAAGUCCAGUUGGAUGCGCUACAUCCGCUGUGCACGACACUGUGCUGAGCAGAACAUGAUGGUGGUGCAGUACAGGGCGAGCAUCUUCUACCGUGCGUGCAUGGACAUCCCACGAGGAAGUGAGCUGCUGGUGUGGUACAACGACUCCUACACGUCCUUCUUUGGCAUCCCGCUGCAGUGCGUGGCUCAGGAUGAAAACUUGAACGUUCCCGCCUCGGUGGCGGAGGCCAUGACCCGGCAGGAGAGCUUCUCAGCCUUCAACAAGAACGGCAAGCCAUCGUCCUCUGUGGCCGUGCGCUCCAUGGUCUUUCCCCAGUCUCCCUGCACCAGAACCUUCUCCAUGCUGGACAAGACCGGAUCCGCCUUCCACUCCGAUUCCUCCUUUGGCCAGCUGGGCUCCAAGAACCAGCGAGUUCUGGCCAGCCCGACUUCCACCAGCCAACUCAGCAGCGAGUUCAGCGACUGGCACCUUUGGAAGUGCGGACAAUGCUUCAAGACCUUCACGCAAAGGAUCCUGCUGCAGAUGCACGUGUGCCCCCAGAACCCUGACAGGCCGUACCAGUGUGGACAUUGUUCGCUGUCCUUCUCGCAGCCGUCAGAGUUGAGGAACCACGUGGUGACGCAUUCCAGCGACCGCCCCUUUAAGUGCGGCUACUGCGGCCGCGCCUUCGCCGGCGCCACCACGCUAAACAACCACAUCCGCACACACACGGGAGAAAAACCCUUCAAGUGUGAGCGUUGUGAUCGCAGCUUCACGCAGGCGACGCAGCUGAGUCGCCAUCAGCGCCUUCCUAACGAGUGCAAACCAGCGAGUGAAGGCGGCGAGUCCAUCGAGGUGGACUAGAAGAGGCCAGAAACGACUCGACAACGACGAGUCUCCUGUACGCGUCAAGCGGUGAGGCCAAAGGUGGCGGCCGUAUGACAAACACGAGCUUCCUCUUCCUUUCUUCUCACCGCCAUCGUGGUUCUUGGCUUUUCUAUCCGCCGUUCUUUGGCCGAGUGCUCAACGGACCGACGUUCUGCCAAAGUGUGCGAUCAACCAACUAGCAGCGCCAUCGUGUGGCGUGGAGGCCACGCAGCUUUCAUCAGUGGAGCCUCCUCUCAACAAACCAAAGAUUGUUCCACUUGCAGCCUGAACCACCAAAGAAAACUUUCAACAAUACCAAAAAAAGCCAAAGGAGGCGGAGACCAAAGCAAACACGCUCUUCGGGGGGCGGAGCUUGAUUGAGCAAGCGAAUAUUUAUGUUGUUCAAGCACUUUGACGAAAGUUAUUUAACGUUUUGGCUUCACUUCCACCACAAAAAGCACACUUCACACGCCAAAGUUGACAUUUUGUGCCUGACAAUUUUGAAAAGAAGAAACCAAAAGCUUUAACGACGCUAAAAAGCAACACUUACGUUAAAAGUCAUCGUGAACUGUUGGUGUCAUCCACACGUCGUGUUCCUUUACGGACUUACCCGCGUCAGCAAGACACGUGGCCAGCUGAUAAGCAAACAAGUGUUGAUGCUCACGUUUGCAUGAGUGGAAGAAUAAAGUCAGGUCCUCGUUGAAAAUAAAGACUAGUCGACUCAAUGAAAAUAUUUUUUUUUUUACAAAACCACUAC